AUGGCUCAAGACUUUCUUGCAAUACCAUCUACUAGCAUCACAUCAGAACAAAUGUUUAGUUGUGCAGGUCGUAUUAUUGAUUAUGAUUGUACCUUAUUAGAUCACAACACAGUUGCUGUAUUAAUGUGUCAGAAAAAUUGGUUAGAGAUGGCAACAAAGGCAGUGUUGUCAUAG